AUCAAGCUGCUUGCUUUCGCGUCGACUGCCUUCACUUACUCCAUUUUAGGGUUUCCUUGCCAAGUCCUUAGCCCAGCUGAAGUCCUUAGUUAUAUUAGGAAUGCUUGUCAAAGGCCGUUGACCGUGCCCAACUGGGAGUUGCGUCUCAGUUGCUUUGUCUUAGCACGAGCUGACUUUUAGUCGUAGCUCAGAUACCUUGACAUAUUCAUAAUUGCGGAUAACUGUAACCCCCAUGGCUAUUUCACCAUUGGAAAUGAUUGUACAAAGCCGCCUAUUUAUAAUAAGUGGGUAGAGUAGGGGUUCUUCUCUAAGAGUUGAUACGUUGGGGAGCUAUGGACCGGUCGGCGUUGGAUCGUCCCAUGAUCGAUCGUCGAAUGAUGCUGCUCAGCCGCAGCCGCCGCGAGCAGGAAGGCGAUUCCGAUUCCGAAGAAGCAUAUUCGAUAGGCAGAGAUGACGUGGAUCGCUCCGAUUCGCUCAGCCGGGCCUUCGCGCAGCAAACGAGCGUACGCGACUACCGGGGGGGAGGGGGGGACUCGCGGCAAGUGCGGCAAGAGGAGGAGGAGGAGGAGGACGAGGAGGAGUACACGGUGGAGGUGUGGGACGCGCUGGACUCGCUGGAACAGUUAAAGCCCAUCAUCGCGUCGGGCCCGCGGUGGAAGCUGGAGGAGUUUCUAAGAGCCAUCGACAUCCUCCAGGAGAUGGCGGAGUUCUUUGAGCGCAACGAGUGCGCGUCGGGCGUGCGCGAGUGCGACAAGUUCAUGGCCGUCGCCAUGGACCACCUCCUCGACGAGUUCCGCGACGCGCUCGCCAAGAUCAGCAAGCCGCUGCCGGCGGCGAUGCUGCGCGAGGUGGCCAUGUCCACGCAGGCCGGCCGCCUCGUCGACCAGCACCAGGGCGGCGCCGCUGCCGCCGCCGCCGCCGUGCUGGCGGGCGCCGCUGGCGGCGGCGUGCCGCGCACGUCCACGGGGUCGUCGUCCGCGUCGUCGCACCUGCCGUCGUCGCGCUCGCGCACCGGCAACCCCGCGUCCUCGUCGCCCGACUCCUCGGGCUCCUCCUCCCCCACGGCGGGCGGGUCCGCCGCGCCGCACGCGGUGUCGGCGGCGACGCACCAGGCGCUGCAGGACUGGCUGUCGGCGAGCGCCGUGCCGUUCCUCCACCGCAUGGCCGUCAAGCUCGCGCAGGGGGGCGAGUCGCAGCGCUGCAUGCAGCAAUACGUCAAGGUGCGCGCGGAGGCCAUUCAGCGGAGUGUGGACGCGCUGGAUAUCAAGAGAGUGCUGACGUCGUCACUGGAAGAGAUGACGUGGCAGCAGCUAGAGGCGCUCAUGAAGGGAUGGGUCACGGACAUGCGAGCCAUGGUGCUGGUGCUGCUGGGCAGUGAGCGCGUGCUGUGUGACGAGAUCUUCGACUCACUGGAGCCCGACAGAGAGCUCUGCUACCUCUCGCUCAUUCAGGCGAGCGGGCUAGCAGCAACGGUGGAGGCGGUGGUGAGCAACGGGCGUGUGGUGGCGUCGGGGCGCAACACGCCGGAGCGCCUCUUUGCGCUGCUCGAUAUGUUCACCACGGGGCGGGAGCUCCGGGCGCAGAUCGAGGCGGUGGUGUCGGUGCCGGGGUUUGGCAGCGUGCUGCGUGAGAUGGAGCGGCUGCCGCGCGACCUGGCGGGCGCCGUGAUGGACACCAUUGGCGAGUUCAAACGCGUGCUGGAGGAGCCGCCUGCACACCACCAGGCGCAGAGCCAGGACAAAAAGAAAGGGAUGCUGAAGCCGUUUCUGCGCAGUGCGAGUGCGAGCGGCGCGGGCGAGGGGGGGCCGGUGGAGGAGAUGGAGGUGGCUACGGCGGCCACGCACCCUCUCACGUCCUACGUCGUCAACUACAUGAACAACCUGCUCGAUAAGCAGAGCAAGCGCAACUACCCGGUGACGCUGGAGUAUCUGCUGCUGGAGUACGGCCGCAGCAUCACGGCCACCGGCACCGACGCCACGGCAGCGGCGCUCAUCACACGCAGCGGCCCGCAGUACAAGACGCCCUUCAGUGGGGCCGCCGUGGAGCGCCGGUCGGGCGCCGUGGGGCCGGCAGCGCUGGGGCAGCGCGCGGCCACACUGGCAGGCGUGGUGUCGUCGGUGCUGGAGUCGCUGCUGCGCUGCCUGGAGGCGCGGUCCCGGGCCGCCUCUGACCCCACGCAGGGCGCACUCUUCCUCCUCAACAACGCCCUCUACAUCUCCAAGAACCUGUCGGACGGCAAGCUGUCAGCGGUGGCGGACCUACCGGAUUGGAAGGACGGGCAGAUGCUGGACAAAUACAUGAUCCACUUCCGCGACGCCGUGCUCGCUAGGAUCUCGCACUCGCUGGAGGAGACGGCGGUCAGCGGGGGGCUGCUCAAGACAGUGAAUGAGCACACGGAGGUGAAGGGCAAACUGAAGAAGUUCAACGCAGCGUUUGAGGAGCUGGCCAUAAAGCAGGCGGGGUGGAACAUCCCCGACGAGGACCGCCGCAAGAAGACCCGCAGCAGCGUCGCCAGGCGCCUUCGAGAGAUCUACUCCGCCUUCCUCCUGCCCUACAGGGAGGAGCUGUGUGAGUUCAAGACGUACCGCUACUCGCCGGACGCCAUAGAGCGCGUGGUGCUCGACUACUUCUUUCUCGCCACGCCCUCCAGAGGGCUCCCCAUCUCCUUCGGAUAGGCACACCUCCCCAUCUCCUUCGGAUAGCCACACCUUCCCAUGUCCUUCGGAUUGCCACACCUCCCCAUCUCCUUCGCAUAGCCACUCCAGCUUGCCCUGUGUCUCGCCCAGGCACUCCCCUAGGUGCGGCGUCUCUCGGCAUCUCCCCCAUCGCAUGCCCAGUGCACCAUGGCAUGCCCAGUGCACCAUGGCAUGCUUCCCUCCCAACCUGCACGGGGCAAUAAAGCUUCCUGGAAGCUGCCAGUCCUCCCACCUCCCACCAAUGGCAUUCAGACACGUUCCAGCAGCACCAGCAGCACCAGCAGCGCCAGCAGCACCAGCAGCACCAGCAGCACCAGCAGCACCAGCAGCACCAGCAGCAGCAGCGAUACAAGCGGCACCAGCGUAGCAGUAGCAGUAGCAGUAGCAGCAGCAAGCAGCGGCAGUCAGGCCAAAGCAGUAUGCAGCAGUAGCAGCAGCAAUGAAAGCGUGCCAUGUUGGCUGCUGCAUGGUAAUCAGCUAGUGCAACAGCAACCUCGAUGUGCGACCCGGUAGCCAGUAGUGGCUCCAUGUCAGCCAGCCAGCCAGCUAGCUUUAGCAUCGUUUUGCUGCCAACUAGGGAGAGGUGCAGCCGUCAGCAGCACACUGCAUGAUGGCAGAGUUGCAGCCUGUCGGCCUGUGCCCACACCCCACAAGAUACUGGCUAGUCUGUAGUUUGAAUUGCUGUCCACUGUACCAUAAGGAACUCCGUUGCAUGCUGGAGUAAAGAGAUCUCUCAUUAGUGA